GUAGAAAGCACUUAAUUAACAGGCAAGUGCUCAAAAUCGUGUGCAGGCUGGAGGCUACUUGAAGCUUAAGAUAGCUCUCUUCUUUCAAGAGUAUUGCAGUAUUAUCCGGUGGAGUUUCAAAAUCCUGAUUGUUACUGGGAAUCUCAUUACUGAAGGAGACAGGAAAGCUGUAACUUGCAAGGAUGGCUGAAAUACGAAACUUCACAUGGGCAGUGGAAGAUAUUUUCAAGGAAACUUUUCUCACUUACAUGAACGGCUGGAGGAAAAACAUGACAGAAGCGGCAAAUGAACUGCAAGCCAGGGUUGACGCUGAAAACUUUGACUAUGUUAUCCUUUAUUUGAUGGUGAUGAUUGGAAUGUUCUCCUUCAUUAUUGUGGCGAUUUUGGUGAGUACAGUGAAAUCCAAGAGGCGAGAACAUUCCAAAGACCCUUACCAUCAGUACAUCGUGGAGGACUGGGGUGAGAAGUAUAAAAGCCAGGUUCUGAACCGAGAAGAUCUCAAGUGUGUGGUCCAUGAAAACUUUGGUGCAAAGGACAAAACAAGCCCAGGGUCACCCUGACAUUUCAGAAACAUCAGCAAAGAGGAAAUCAUGAAGUCACAUUUAGGGAACUCGCUGGAAUUAUAAAUAGCUGUGAAAUUGUUCAUUAGAUUUACACAGGUUGAGCUAGAAUGGGCUGCUGAAGAAAUCAACAUAACUGUUUCCUCUGAGAACUCUGGCACAGCUGCUUUGGGGAACACCCAAGAAAAAUGCAUGACUUUGCUCUGCUUUGAUAUUCUGCUCUUCAGGGAAAUAAAGUCAUGGAGAGAAUAAUUUGAAUUUUUUAGCAAUUUUUUGAAAUCCAGAAGCAGAUCUGGAUUACUGAGCAGUAAACCUCAGAUGAACAGUAAGAGUUUUCAAGUGCUUAAAAGUGCUGAUUCAGAUCCAAACUGUAUGACAUAAGCCCAUCUUAAAAUAACAGGAAACUGUACAAUAAAAUACCAGACCCUCUAUCUAUUGAUUGAACAAUGUGUUAUGGUACGAAUCACAAGACUAGCCUAUAACUAUACAUAUUCAAGUCGAGCCAAACUGUUAUUUUAAUGACCUGGCUUCCAUUUCAAUUUCAUUAUUCACUGGCUGCAAAGAAUGAUUCAUGGCCUUCUGUUUUAUCAUAAAAGCAUAGCCAGACUAGCAGUCUCAUCUAAGAGUGUCCUGGUUGUCCAGAGCAGUUUCUAGAGGGUCAGUGUCUUUCUUGAAGUCCAUAGCUGUCUCUUCUGCUGUUCCUUGAUUUUCCAGAUUAAUCUGUCUAUCUGCAAUGCAAGCUGGGUGAUAGGGAUUUCUUGCAUUCCUAUCAGCCAAGGACUAGUGCAAACCCCCAUGCUCCUGCUAUGUGUCUUUCAGAGCAGGGGUUUCUAUGACCAGUUAUCAAAGCUGUUCCAUUUCUAUGCUUUCUAAAGGUUUCUCAUGUUGGCUACUCGUGUGCACCAGUCAGAAAAUGGGUUCUAAAGAUGGUUUAUCUUCUCCUGUGCUGCUAAAUUACCAUGAUGCUGGCUGUUGGGGAAUAAUUAGAAGCAAAGCCAGUACUACUUCUAGUACUAAAAUGUGUUUCUUUUUGCUCUAGGUUUAGCUUCUAUUCAUAUUACCAGACUUAAACUGCUGAAACCUAAAGUUCUCAUUCUGGCUGUUGAUUGUGUGGGCAAGAAGAAAUGAUGAAGAAAAGAGCUUAUUCUUCUUGGAAGCUUUAGUUUGUUUUGGAGCCUGAUCUUGUGGUAUAGCACAACAGCUGUUGUUGUGCUCCAGAACAUGUUCAUGUUAUGGCUCUGCUCCCCUCCAGGUGGAAGGACAUUCCUUACCACUUACCACUUACCCUUGAUGCCCACAGGCUGUAAGGGCACAGUUAAUGUGCCCACUGAGCAGCUGGAGAGACUCUGGUGGCCAUCUGGGCCACAUGCUACAGCUGUGCUUCAGCUGGGGAAAGAGCAUCUUUUGACAGGGUAUGGCAGAAGGGACAGCCACAGUGAACCUUACCAGAUGUGCCAACAUCAUGAGCAGCUGCACCUGCUCAGGCUCUGCUCCCCACCAAAAGCAAUAGGCAGCUUCCAUUGCUGGCAGUGGUCUGAUCCUGGCUGCAUGUGGGCAGCUGUGACACUGAAAUGGGAACGAGCACCUGAGUUGACUCUGCCCUUGGGACAUGUGGGCAAUGCCUUAGGACAGGCACGUCCAACCUGUGGCCCAACCCAGCCACCCCCUGGCCCAUGCCAUCAUGGUGGCAGUUCUGGUACAGAUUUUGACUACAGCAACAUGCAAGCUCUUGUUCAUUGCUGGUGAAAACACACAGUUAAUAGAGGAGACUAUAACAGUGUUUUGUAGCUGACAAUUUAUCAAACAGUGUUAUUGUACUCUUUGUAUCUCUUGUAGUUUCCCUGGAAAUAAAUAGGAGGCACUACUUUUGGAGCAGCCUAGAUAAUGUAUAUGUGACUCAAGACAACUCCAUACUCAGUGCAGCCCAGGCAAGCCCAAAAGUUGCCCUCAUUCAGGUGAAAAAAGACAGUCCACCUAACACACUGUCUUAGAAUCAU